AUGCAGGAUGGGUCGUUCUCACUAUUUACGAAGUGUCUGCAUAUCUGCUACCUGUAACGUAAAGAUACAAGCAAUAAACAUCAAGGAUGAAGAAUGCCAUCCACAUAAUAUAUCCUUAUUUCUUACGUCUUUGUUUAUGAUACGUUAUCCGUCAUCUGUUUUGCCGACAUAAAUUCUUUUGAGUGUUAUAUCUGUACGACUCCAACAGUCGGAGUGGUGAAAAUUGAGAUCCAUUCAACCAAAUAAACCAGACUCUUGAGUCCCAAUUGCCCAACCAUUCAACCAAAAAAUAGCAACAGAACAGAACAGAGUCCCCUUUCCCAUACGCACGCGAAGUCGACAGACGAGGCACAAAAAUGGUGUUCAACAGCGUAAUGGUGGAGUCGGUGGCGCACCUGUCGGCGGAGAUGUGGCAGUACUUGGCAUGCUUACCGGAGCGCAUGAGCAGCCACCAGCUGUUAGAUCUCAUCUUCUGCUUCCCUCUGCAGCAGUUGGGUCGCCUGGCUUUCUGCCUCUGGACCUUCCUCUGCGUCCCUCCGCCCGACUCCUACUACUACUACUCUUCCUCCGACUCCGAUGACUCGUCCACCACCGUCGAUUACGAUGACUAUUACUACGAUCCCCACUCUGAUUGAUCCCCUUCUGCUUCUUCGAUUGUCUUCUCCUUCGCCGGCUCCACUCUACAGAUGAUGCAGGAUGGAAGAUAGAUUCUUCGAUAAACUCUUUCGUUGCAUUACAUUGUACGGUUUGUGUGGGAGGGGACAUGAUAUAAUUGAGGAGCAGGCUUAACUUUGUGGUAGUUAGAUUACUGGUUGCUGGUGGAUGAAAAGGAAAAUUACUUUCUGAAUACAAUUAAGUUGAGAUCCCAUUCCUGUGUUUAUAUGAAAGCUUCAAACAGUCUUAGAUCCUUUGGGUUGUUGAUUUCUUUGGAUCUAAUUUUACGUGGAAGCAUCGAUAUGUGAUCAUAUGCUGGUGAUGUUGUAUUUACAAAUUGUAUGAAAUACUGGAUGAUAUAGUUAAUAAUUAGAAACACUCAACCUUAUACAGCAUCUCAUUUUUAGCGGUCGUGUA